AUGCUGCGCAGUCUGUUCAAGUCGUGCGUCUCGUCGAGCUCGACGCCGCAGGACACUUUCAAGCGCGUGCACGCAGGUCUCGCCAACCCGCCGCUGUCGAGCAGCUCAGCCGCAGACAGCAGCGCUGCCACUUUACCACAAUCCCGCAUUGUCGACCCGUAUCACUUCAUUGUGUGUCAGCACGGUGUUCUCGGCAGCGCGGCUGACUUCGAAAACGUCAUUGUCGACUUGUUUGUGAAGUAUGAGGUGGGCGUGCUGGAUACGACGGAGAUGGUAUCGGCGGCAGUAAGGUCGGAGGCUAUGCAUGCGGCGAAGAGAGGCAUGCCUGCGCGAGGUCAACUCUCGGGGUCUACGCCGCCCAUCUACAGCACAGCGGGCCCCGAGUACCGAAGCUCAGGUAUUCCUCCCUCUGCGUGCGUUUCUCUCGAGUGCAUUCCUGGAACCUGUGGAACCUGCCGUACCGUACUGAGUUCCCCAAGCAGCGCACCGCCCGUGUCGGGGUGCAAGAUGAGCAUGUCGAGUUCCACCAACGGAUAUGUCAUGCCGAGCACCGAGCUACAGGAAGUCCCGUGGACAACAGCUGGUGCGAGGGCAGUGGCAGCACAGCAGCAACAUCCACAGCCGGCAGCUUUCGUUCGCGAUAUCGCAGACGGUGCCGACAGUGCUUCAGGAUUGCAUGAGGUGGCUCCCAGCUCAAACUCGGAUAAUGCCUUGACCUCUGAGCAGCGGGCGCGGCGCGCCGCGUACAAGGACACCUAUCGCUUGCAUAUUGAGUAUCCAAACAACAUGAAGGGGCGUCUCUACCGCAGCGGCAACUUGCAGUGCUUCUCACCGGGCAGCAAUGAGUACCUCCGCACGUAUGCCGGAACACAGAUUUGUGCGCGCAGGAUGCUGGAAGAGGUGGUCCCUGCUCUGCACACGUGGCUGGAUGAGGUGGAGUCGAAGGAGCAGCAGCGCCGGGCCAACUGGGCAGUUUACGCUCGAAAAGUGGGCACAGACGACGCGGCGCGACUCUCAGCGGAGGCAGCGGCACCGCUGCCGAUAUGCCUCUCCUUGAUGGCACACAGCUUCGGAGGCAUUAUUCAGCGUGAGUUUCUCUACCUUCUCCUCGUGAACCAAGCGGAGAUGCGAGGAAGCUGUGCCCGCCUUUUCGACUCCAUCGUGACCCUGCGCCAGAGACUGCAGCGGCUGCACGUGACCUUUGAGAAUUUCCUGACUGUCGCCACGCCGCACUGUGGUGCAGGAGAGUGUCUUUGGUGGCCAAUUUACUUUGGGGCCUGGUGCCUUGCUCGCAUGAACCUCUGUCAGACCUAUGACGAGCUCAUUCUGUCUGAUGUAAACCGCAUCUUGCAGCGACGCCUCCUUGACGAGCCUCACCUGCGUGUCCUGCAGCUUUUCCGGCGCCGUGUGCUGUUCGCCAACACCCACCGUGACAUUUUCGUCGGCUUCGGCACUUGCUCGCUCAUUUUUGAGAAUGUGCGCACAGACCACACCAAGUUCAUCGGCGUGGUCCCCCGCAUGGCGCACUGCGCUGCAGCCUUUGCGAGCGAGACGAUGGAGGUGUCGAGGGCCAUUCUGCUGCGCUCCUUCGAAGAGUCGGAGGAGGACGAGGCACACGGCCCCGGAAGUGAUGGCUGGUGCAGCACCCAGCGCUCUGCCCCGGUGCGUGCGAGAACCUACACUCUGGAUGACCUUAUUUCUGUUCCCGCGCCUUCGUCAGCUGCUGCUGCCACGAUGGAGCAUCAGGCGUCGCACUCAUCUGCAAACAAGUACCUCGACACUCCGGUGAGCGUCAUGAUGGGUAACUCCGAUAACAGCGAUUUCCUGACAGAAACCCCGCGACCACAGGCUACGUCAUCGUCGGUGUUCGGUUUGACAACGUCGUCCACACCAGGGCUCUCGUCAUACUCCCAGUCACCAAUGCCCGACAGCACCACCGCAACAAGGAAGCAACCCUCCGCCUUCGCCGCAUCGUUGACGAUCGGGAGAACGGCACCGGCACGGGCUAAAGCGACGGUGCGCGUGGAGAAUGUCGCUGUGCCGUGGGCUAAGCUCAUCGACGGGGGCGAUGACACGCCCGACAGUGCCACUGGGUCAACCACAUCUGUGCCAUCGACCGCCGGCUCACUGCUGCCGAGGCCGUCUUCCACACUGAGCCAGCACGGCGGCUCGAUCUCGUCCUUGUCGCCUCUGAGCUAUUUCAUCCAUGGAGGCAGCGGAGCUCCUGCAUGGAGCGAUUCCCGUGACCUUGAUGACAUAGGCUUAAUGACGCCGCCGCGCUGCAGCCGCCGCGCCGUGGCAUCUCUACUGUGCGAUCCUCGCUGGGCCUCCGAGCACGUCCGCAACGUCGCCUUCGCUGCGCACGCCGAGGUGAGGGGGUGGCUGUGGACUUCAACGACUCCGCAGAGAGGCGAGACGUCGGUAUUGGGCGAGUCGAGUGUGGAUGUUGCCAUGACCGCGGAGGGUGUGAUGGGGUUCUCUGACUGCACAUCUCUAGCCGUGCUAGCGUCGUCUCCAGCGGCGCAGUUGGGGAUGUCCGGCGCAGAGGCAGAUGUGCCGCAGUACCGCCGAGCCCCUCGCGCCAUUGCGGCAACCCUGCGCCAAAAACUGAGCUGGCGCGUUCGAGCAAUUCGGCUCAAGAGUAUUCUACCAUCCGGCCACGUCGCCUGUCUCGGCAACUGGGCCUUCUUCGGGCGCUCACCAUCGGUGGUGCAGGCGGUCGCCGAAGAGAUGCUCAUCAUUCUGUAA